AUGGCGGGAGCGCGCAAGCUGGUGAUCGCGCGCCCAUUCGGCGCCGAGCCGCUGCCCGAAGACUUCUGCCUGCAGGAGGAGCGGGAGCUGCCGCCGCUGCGCGACGGGCAAAUCCUGGUCGAGGCGCUCUACAUCAGCCUCGACCCGUUCGAGUGGGCCUUCAAGCACCUGCACAAGGUCGGCGCCACCAUGAUCGGCUCGCAGGUGAGGUGGCUGACGGAAGAGCUGGGCUUCGAGCACGCCUUCAACUACCAGACGAGCGACGUGGGCGCGGCGCUGCGGCGGGUGGCGCCCGGCGGGGUCGACGUCUACUACGACACGGUGGGCGGCGACCUGAGCUCCGCGGUGGCCGACUGCAUGCGCGAGAGGGGCCGCAUCGCCGUGUGCGGCUGCGUGUCCACGUACCGCGACCCGCGCCCGCCCAAGAUGCUGCUCAUCCCGCCCGCCGUCGUCCGCAAGAGGCUGCGCAUGGACGGCUUCAUGUUCACCCAGUGGCGCGACCGCUGGCCGGAGGCCGACGAGCGGAUGGCGCUCUGGAUCAGGCAGGGCCGGCUCAAGUGGCGGGAGACCAUCACCGACGGCUUCCUCAACACGCCGCGCGCGUUCGCCGCCAUGCUCAGGGGCGACGCCAUCGGCAAGGCUCUCGUCAAAGUCUGACCACAAACUCCAGUGCUCGAAUGUACACGCGGCUGACUGACUGUGGACCUCUCACUUUUCCCACCGAACAGAUUCCCGAAUGUGAAAGUGACUUGAGCGUAGACUAUCGCAGCCAUAGGCAUCUCGAUCUGAGAGAGUGGCGUCGUGCAUAAGGAAUGUACUCGAACAUGGGGGUACUGCAGGUGGCCUUCAAGGAUUAACUGCAAAGUGAUGAUCUAAUGGCAGUACACCGGUGUAUAUGAGGGGCGUUCGCUAACUAACGCAACACAUUUUUUUCUGAUAGUUGGCUUCAUUCAGGUUCCAGUACACGAGGCCGGCCGGGGUGGCCGAGCGGUUCUAGGCGCCACAUUCCGGAACCGCGCGGCUGCUAUGGUCACAGUUUGGAAUCCUGCCUCGGGCAUGGA